AAUCCCAUUCCCCAUCAAGAAACUUCCCCCCUCCUUCUCCUAAAUUUUCGGCCCCUCCUCCCUUUUCCAAAUUAAUAUAUAUUCCCAUUUCUCCCCACAAAAUUUACUGGGUUUUCUAUUCUUCAACCAUACAAUAAAAAUAUGGACGGCGAUUGUAGUACCGGCACCGGCCUUCUUCUUGGCCUUGGCCGGAGUGAGCGUAAUCCUCUGCGGUCGCUCGUACCCGAAGUGGACGUGAAGAAGAAAUUGGUGUUGAAGUUCGAUGACAUUUUGCCUUGUUUGACGCUUGGGUUGUCGGGCCCCACCCCGGCUGGAUUCUCGGUGGCGGAGAUCAUCGUCGGGAAGACUACGGCCGCCGAGGAGUUGCUACAGCAGGGCUCUUCGGCAAGUCCGGUGUCGUCGUUUUCCAACUCCUCCGGGUCUAAGAGGGACAGAUCAGACGGAUGGAUCGGCGGCGGCGAAGAGAGGGAGGCGGAGGCGGCGGAGAUUUAUUUGGAGAGGGUGUCUUCGAAAGUUGGUGAUCAGGAAGAUGAAGAUGGAAGUCCGAGGAAGAAACUGAGACUCACUAAAGAACAAUCCGCCAUUUUAGAAGAUAGCUUCAAAGAACACUCAAGUCUUACUCCGAAACAAAAGCUGGAUUUGGCUAGGCAAUUAAGCCUAAGGCCACGACAAGUGGAAGUAUGGUUCCAAAACAGACGAGCCAGAACCAAGCUGAAGCAAACGGAAAUGGACUGCGAACUACUGAAAAAAUGCUGCGAAAAGCUCAAAGAAGAGAACACGAGGCUUCAGAAAGAGCUUCAAGAGCUUAAAUCGUUAAAGUUAACGGCUCCGCCAUUUUGUAUGCAGCUACAAGCGGCCACCCUCACCGUCUGCCCCUCCUGCGAGAGAUCCAUUUGCGGCGGCGGAGGCGGCGGCGAUGCGUCUCCGACCACCGCCUUCUCCAUUGGGUCGAAGCCUACUUUUCUCAAAUUCCCCUUUAACCACCCAUCCGCGGCUUGUUAGGCAACCUAAUUAAUUUUUAAUUAAUUACUAAAAUGGCCAGAAGACUGCUAUUUUUGCUUAGGGCUUCUGUGUCAAUAUCGUAUAUACGAGUCACGAGACUCACGACUAAUAUAUUUAUAUAUGUUACGUUAUAUAUGUACAAAUAUUUUGGUUAUUUUCAACACAUGGAAAUUAGGCUUUGUAGAAACUAGAAACUGAUUUGUUUCUCUUUUCUUUUCUACAACACACAUGUACUUGAAGUUUCCAUUAAUUUUACCUGAGGCUCAUCUUAAUGUUUUUAA